CACGUGACCGCGGUACCAAGUCAAGAUGGCGGACGAUCGUGAACCUCCUGCUCUUUUCGACGACGACGGUGACACGCCAGAAUCCAAGCCAGACGAGCAAACAAACGGUGAUCUUUUCAUCGGAGAGACAACUGAGAUCACUCUAGAUGAUGGCGAGUCAAAAGAUGAAGAAGCGCCAAUAGAAAGUGAUGAGGGUGCUGCCGAUGGCGCGGGAGACGAGCAGGAACAGAAGAGCGAAACCUCUGCUGCAGCCUCCGUGGAUGUCACGAACCUCUCAAAACCGAGUGAAGAUGACAGCAAACCACCUUCUAAAGAAAAGGCCGAGGAACUCCUUGGAGCCCCUGUUAGGUUGAAUCAGGAAAAAGAAACUGUAGAGGAAGAGGAAGAGGAAGAAGAAGACGACACAUUUGACAUGAAUAUUAAAGUAACAGAUCCUGAAAAAAUUGGUGAUGGCAUGAGCUCAUAUAUGGUGUUCAAAGUUACCACAGUGACAAGCAUGCCAACUUUCAAGAAUUCAGAGACAUCAGUAAAGCGUCGAUUCAGUGACUUCCUUGGGCUUCAUGACAGACUGAAUGGUAAAUUUCUUCACCUGGGAAGGAUUGUUCCUCCUGCUCCUGAGAAGUCUGUUGUUGGUAUGACUAUGGUCAAGUUGGGAAAGGGAGAAGAAAAUAAUCCAGUAGACUUUAUUAACAAGAGGAGAGCUGCCUUGGAAAGAUAUCUUAACAGAGUUGCAAGGCAUCCAACCCUGCGUGAAGAUCCAGAUUUCCGACAAUUCUUAGAGGCUGACGUGUUACCCAGAGCUAAAGACACUGCAGCACUCAGUGGGGGUGGUCUGAAGCGGUUUGUAAAAUCUGUUGGAGACACAAUGUUCCAGCUGACCACAAAGAUGUCUGAAUCUGACCAGUGGUUUGAAGAGAAGCAGCAACAGAUUGAAACUCUUGAUCAGCAGUUGAAGAAACUUCAUCAAAGUAUAGAAAUGCUUGCCAUGCAAAGACGAGGUUGGUUUCUUAGAUGUCAACAUUGUUUUAGUUUGUUUCCUUUAUACCCAUUGAGUUAUUAUUGUACAUGUACAUGUAGUGCUAUUAUUGAUGUUGUUUUACUUUUUGUCUCUCUUUUUGGUAACAGCCAUGUCACUUAUCUCUUGUCCAAACUUUUUCAGGGACUUUGUUGGAGAAAGAACACAUACAUUCUUGUAGUCUGUUCCUUUGCAUUUCAGGCGGACUCUGACUUUUAUGUGGUGGCUGAACUGUUGAAGGAUUACAUUGGUCUCAUUCAGGCAGUCAAGGCAAGUUUCCAGGAACGUGUACGUUCAUAUAGUAACUGGCAGCAUGCACAGCAGAUGUUGACCAAGAAGAGAGAAGCUCUGGUCAAGCUGGAACUGGCCUCUAAGAAUGAAAAACUCCCUCAAGCACAGGAGGAGGUCAAAGAGUGGGAGCACAAGGUAGAGAAAGGGGAAGAAGAUUUUGGAAAGAUUUCAAAGAUGAUCCAGAAAGAGAUGGCACGAUUUGAGAAAAAUCGAGUGAAAGAUUUCCGUGAAUCGAUGGUCAAGUACCUAGAGGCCAUGAUGGAAAGCCAGCAACAGCUGAUCAAAUACUGGGAAGGUUUCCUACCGGAGGCCAAAGCCAUUGCGUAGAAAACUAAUUUCUUUCAAUUGGAAUAAAAACUUAGUACGUAUAUAUGUUUUCUUAAAGCACUUGAUUUUUCCGUUAAUUGGAAUCCUACAAUGAAACAGAGACGUUGUAAUAAUUUAUCAACGUUUAUUUCUGAUUUCAAGAAGUUAUUUUAGCUUAAAUGUACGUUUAUUAGUCUCUACGCAAAAUUGAAAACUUUGUCACGUGUCGGAAUUUGAAGCGUUGCAAGACCCAAACAUUUCCGUAAUGAAAAUGUCAUGUGCCAGAUAGGGCAUUUGUAUUGCUCUACAUAGUAAAUAAGCUGGUAAAUCAAGAUAUUGUUGAGUGCUUGUGAAAACCAACUGCUGUUAAACAUGUUCUGAUCUUCACUCUCCGGUUUACCUUUCAUGUGUUCGUAUUGAUUAGAAAUCAAAGGUGGUUUGUCACCAAUCCAGCGAGAGACCGGAAUAACAAAGUCGUGGCGGCCAUUUUGGUGGUGCAAACAAAAACAGCUAAUUAGAAAUCUUUUGUUAAUGACCAUCAACAUGACGGCGAUGACGUCACACGAAAAGAAAGAAUGGCACAGUGUCAGUGAACAAAAUUCAUUUUGAAACUGAAGAGUGCAACUCCCCUGUCCCAAGUCCCUACUUAUUAACAUUUGACCAGAUUAAGUAUGUUUAUCAAGCAGAUAAUGGCAUUCCAUAUUAAAACCGCUCUUUUCACAUUAAACGGGACUGGAGAUAAAAUUUCACAGACAGAGUAUAGUUAGGUUAUAUUAACAGUCGAUCAAGGAACUGAAGAAAGGUAAAGAGAACUAAAUGUUUUUAUAGUAGCAAGGCAUGUUUGUGGCUAGAGAUAUGAGCAAAAUGAAAUAAAGUUUGAUCGUAAUUUUAA